AUGGGGGUGAGCUUACCGCCAACCACUGUUGCAGCGUUUUCCUGGGGCUGCUGUUGGUUGUGUUGUCGCCGCCGUCUCGUCGAGGUUGAAGAGUUGAACGACAGCGACAGCGACAUUAUUGACAGCGAUGCUGACAGCCACGAUGACAUCGACAGUGACUGCGAGAGGAGGCCAGCUACAUUCAGACGAAAAGGGAUAACCUACGCUCUUCCUGCUCUCUUCUCUCUGCCACCCGCACUUCACCGUUUCCUCCUUGUCCCUUCGUUCCAGCCGUUGAACCUCACCAUCACCAUCACCAUCACCAUCACCAUCACCAUCACCAUCACCAUCACCAUCACCAUCACCAUCACCAUCACCAUCACCAUCACCAUCACCAUCACCAUCACCAUCACCAUCACCAUCACCAUCACCAUCACCGACCCCUUAGCUACCUAUCCCUAUCUAAUAACCUCCUCUCCCUCCGUCAAAUCACCUCCCAACACCCGCCUAGUAAUCCGCAUUAAUCAGCCUUUAAUCAGCCCGCAGCCAGCUUCGCUGCCGGCCGGCUCUGACGUCUGUCUCUCUCCUAAACGGGAACAACAAAAACCUCCUAAAAACCGUCGCCGCCGUCAACCUCGCUCCCGUCACCUCCUCCAUCAACCACCCUCUCUUCCUCUCUUCCUCUUCCUCUCUCUUCUUCUUCUUCAUUCCUGUUCUUGUUCAUACGUCGUUGCUGUCGUUGGCCGCAUCCGCAUCCUGGCCGUCUCUCCUUUGCCUGUGUCUGCCGGCUUGUUAGCCUCUCCUUUUCCUACGCACUCUCGUCUGCCCGAGAUCAAGCGCCGGAGACGAGCUCAGUCCCUUGUCCGAGCUCCCGUCGACCUCCUGGGGGUGCAGCUUGCUACGCUGUGGUGUGGCCUCGUCGGAGCUCUCUCCACCAGCACCACCAGCACCACCACCACCCGUCCAGCGUCAAGCCGGGGCAGAGAUCAUCAGCCAAGCAGCAAGAUAAAUCCGCAGAAGAAGAGGAAGAAGAAGACGAACGAAGAGACGCUGAAAAAGCUGCCUUUUUGCUUCUUCUACUUCUACUUCUUCUCCUCCUCUGCCAGCUGCUUCCUUCCCUGCAUCCUCAGCUUCUACGGCCCUUCGUCCUGUCCAUUCCUUCCCAGAAGCUUUGCAUAA